CCGUUUCUCUCUCUCUAUCUCUCCUUUGCCCACCUAAAAACUGUAGCUGUUGCCGCCGGAGAGGGUUAAAUCGGGAACCACCGGCAAAGGAAUGGCCCAGCGCUCGGCACCGGCGCCGUUCCUGACGAAGACGUACCAGCUGGUGGACGAUCCGGCCACCGACGACGUCAUCUCGUGGGGCGAGAACGGCCGGACGUUCGUGGUGUGGAAGACGGCGGAGUUCGCCAAGGAUCUGCUCCCCACCUACUUCAAGCACAACAACUUCUCCAGCUUCGUUCGCCAGCUCAACACCUACGGCUUCAGGAAGAUCGUGCCGGACAAAUGGGAGUUCGCCAACGAGCACUUCAAGCGCGGCCAUAGAGAACUCCUCUCCGAGAUCCGCCGCCGCAAGACGGCGGCGACUCCUCCGAACGCCCCGGCCUCCAGAGCCGGGAAACCCGCCGGCGCCGCUGGAGGCCAGGCCUCGCCGGAGAGCUCGGGCGAGGACAUGGGGUCCACGUCCACGUCGUCCCCGGCGGACUCGAAGAACGCGGGCUCCGUGGAGACGGCCGCGGUCGCGACGGCCGCCCAGUUCGCCGACCUGACGGGCGAGAACGAGAAGCUGAGGAGGGACAACGAGGCCCUGAGCUCGGAGCUGGCGCAGGCGAAGAAGCACUGCGACGAGCUGGUGGCGUUCCUGACGGAGUGCCUGAAGGUGGGCCCCGACCAGAUCGACCGCAUCGUGCAGAGCGGAGGCCGGGGGUCGGCGGCGUUGGCCGCCGGGGACCUUGUCGACGGUGUCGAUCGCGAUGACAAUGACGACGACGACAAAGCAGGAAGAGGAGUUGGUGGGGAGAAGAGCACGAAGCUGUUUGGCGUGUGGCUGAAGGGGAAGGGGAAGGAGGAGAGGAAGAGGGCGCGGGAGGAGAAAGUGGGGCCCGCGGGGAUGGAGUUCCGUCAGCCGUUGAUGAAGACCAGCAAGGUCUGCAACUGAUCGUGCGGUUGGAAAGCGAUGCGGGGCCGGGGUGUACUGUAAGGUCGUUGCACCUCAGGCACACCAAAUUGCGAAGUUUUAGGGACUUUGAUGUGAUUUGAUCGGUCGGUCGUUGGCUUAGGGAGGAGAAAGAGACUCAUCAACCUUAAGGUUUCAAUUUCUCUGUCUUCUAUUUGAAUUUUUUUUUC